UCCGUGCGGACGUCGGCGACGCGCUCGAACCGCCACCGCCGCGGCACAGAGUUUAAAAAUAAAUCGCCUGUGGCCAACGAUAUUUUGGUCGCCGCCGCCGCCGUUGUUGUUGUUUUCCCCGUUCCGACGCACGACGACCAUUUAGCAGAAUAAUAAAAUAGAAUAUAUAUAUAUAGAUUACACACUCGCCGGCCGCCCGAACGGAGGAAUUUCAUAUUUUCGUACACCCAGUUAAAAUAUUAUUAUUAUUAUUAUUAUUAUUAUUACUAUCGUAACGCGCUCCGAUUCCCGUGCCGGCGGCCGUGGAAUCGUGCCAACGGCCGACGGCCAUCGCCGCAGCCGACCGUGUCCGUCUGAUGAUAGAAAAAGUAAAAGCGGACAAUAACUUAUUUUCUAGAAAAAAAAUAACACAAACCGGCGCGGCGGCACAGCUGCUGUUGUUAUUGUGAUAACGUCAAAAACGCCGUCGUUACUUGUUUGUGAUAACCGCUUUUCGACUUUUCGUAACCGUUUCACAUAUCACAGUCGGUAGUCGACAAUCACUAGUGUGUAUAUACGUAAAUAUUUAUAUUUAAAAAAACUCAUAAUAUACUAUUAAAUCCUAAGCAAAAAUCGAAUGGAUUUACAAUUAUUUGUACAAUAAAAUAUGACAACGGCCACAGCUCGAUCGGAUUGAAUGUCGGCCGAUCGACAACCGUGCGGCUCUUCAAGUCGGGACACCGACAGACAGUCACAGCCGUGGGACCAGAAACUCUCAUCUGCAACUGAAAAAAAAAGCAUUACCAAUCUGUUGUACGAUUAUCUAUUCCUGGAGUUAGGGACGAAUAAAAAAGAAGCGUUCAACCAUGUGCAUUUAGGCCAGUCUAUGAGAUUUGCUAACCGCAAUACUUCGAUGAAAUUACUUAAUACCGUGGCCCACGCAAAAGCGAUCAAUUUCAAUUUUGAAGCCGAGCUGCUGUUGGAAUCGUUAAACGAUAAAGACGAUAGGACGGUAGAGAUUGUCGACGACGAACAUCAAGAUGAUAGCAAAGAAGACGACGGUUUGUUGCCGAUGACGGCAGUAUCAUCUCAGUUAGAAGAUUCGAAUUUCAAAUCUCAAUAUUUUGUAUCCAGAAGUUCAUUCUAUAUAAUUAUUGAGCAUUUGAUGAAAGAGUUUGGCGGUGCGGCCUAUAAAAGAACACAAUGGGAUGUAGAAAAACAGUUGAUGGUAGCGCUCACGUACCUGGGAACCGUCCAAAGCUACAAAGAAAUAUCGACAAAAUUUAACAUUGCAGUCAGUACCGCGCAUAAGUGUGUCAACGACAUCACAAACAGCUUGUUCAAACACAUGAAUGAGUUGAUAUAUUGGCCGGUAGAUCAACAAGCCGAUUCAGAAAUACUAGCAUUCGACCAAUUGCCAGGCAAUAAAUUCCCGGGCAUACUUGGUGUGAUCGGAACGGUGGAUUUGAGAAAAACCUGUACGUCCAAUCCAUCCAAACACACCAAAGACAGAACGUCCAUCGCAAUCCAAUGCGUGUGCAACACAAAGUAUCAGUUUUAUAACGUCUUCACCAGUUAUCUAUUUAAGUCUAAAGUGACCACGUCGACGUUCCUGGAGAGUCCGCUGGCUGAAUCGAUUUUGAACGAACCCGACACAUUGUUUCCGAACGGCGAUACACACAUUGUUGGCGCUUCGUGUUACCCUCUUCUGCCCAACUUGAUGAAGCCGUUUUUCAAUAAAUCACCCGACGACCCGCUGGAAAGUAACUACAACGACUCUAUCGAAGGGCCAUUAAAGAUCAUCCAAUUGGCAUUUGGCAAACUGCUAGGACGGUUCAAGCGACUGUUGUGUUUGGAUUUAUGGGGCCAAGAGAAAUUUGCCAUACUAAUAUUUGCAGCUUGUUGUCUGCACAACAUUUGCUUGGGUAACGAUGACGACAUCGAAAGUGAACCGUACGAGUGUUGUUCAUUCAAUUGCGAUUAUUACGACGAGAUCAGUAUUAAAAAAAGACAAGACAUUUGCAAACGCUUAAGUUAAACUUGCGUUUUUUAUGUAUAAUUAACAAAAUGUAUCAUAAUAGUAUGAAAAAAACAAUUAUAUGUUACUCAGUCAA